AUGUUUACGAAUAACUAUGAGCUCGACGACGUCGGCUCAGCCACGGAGCUACUACGAACUGACCCAGCUGAUCUCAGCCUCUUCUAUCAUGAUCUCCUUCUCUGCUCCAACUUUGUUGUCUUCGUCCUCAUGGCUCUAGACGCCGACGCGCGAGGAUGUGGGCUGCCCUCCUUGGUGGGCCUCAGGAAACAGAUGAUGGUUACGCGGUUGGAUCUUGAUCUUCCUCGAAAUUUAAAAGUUAGUUUUCAAGUAGAACCGACAGAACUGCGGUUCGGAGGGACUCACAACCCAGAAAUGCGUCGCAUCACGGAAGAGGAGGCCAGUCCACGUUGUGAUCAACUUUUCUCCCCUCUGCCUCUCGAAGGUCCCUCAAAUCCGACUGUUACAGCAGUGAGCAGGACGGAGGUCAUUGUUUCCUGGGAGCCACCCGGUCAAUUUCUUCUAACACGGUUGAGGUGUUACGAAGUCUACAUCAACGCCUCCACAAAGCCGACCUACUCUGGCACACAGACCUUUUGUCACCUACGUGGACUCAAACCCAACUGCCAGUACCUCUUCAAGGUCAGAAUGGUUCCAUUCUUGUCACCUCUCCAUAACACACCCAAUCCCGUCUGUUGUUUGCAAUCGAAGGUUCAGAUGGUACUGAAGAGUAAGGCUGUUACGGAUAAGGCGACUCUCAACUCGAAGGGAGGCGCUUCCAGGCAUUAUAGCGAGAAUCUUCAGCCUCCAUCAAGUAUGCACAGAAGGCGGCGACAAGCUCACGACAGACCCCAUGUAAACGGAAAAAGCCAUUUAAUGAAAGCCAGUUUGAUCGGAACAACGGUGGUGAGGAUUACACGGGGUGGAAAAAGACCGCGACCACACCGUGUGGCCCCCAUCGCUGCCUGUAACUCCCCGGAUGGAAGCGCCUACCAACAGUCGCUUCUUCUUGAUAAGGCGGCAACCCAUCCGACUACAGAUUCUAAGAGUUCAAGGGCGGACCAACCCGAAAGGCUGUUGUCUUGUACACAAAGGGUAAAGGAGUCCACACCACAUGGUGAUGAAUUGAAUACCGGUAAACCUCAUUGUCACGGUCAAUUCCUGUGUAAGGAAGAGAGAAACUGUGUAAAAAUAGCUGCGAAAAAGAACGUCGAAUUGGGACAAAGAAUUGCCGGCACGAGUUACAAUGACCACAUUGCCUAG